UAGUGUCUUUAGAAAUGUGUCUCUUGUAGUUGACUGGAGGCAAGCCACAGUCUCUGAGUGAAUGCUGCAAGAAGAAGGUGAAGCGUCAAUACCUGUCACCAUGUCUGAGGAGGAAGUUGAGUAUGAGGAAGAGCAGCAGGAAGAAGAAGAAGAACAUGGAGAAGAAGAAGUGGCUGAAGAACCUGAGUCAGCUCCUGAGCCAGAGGAAGAGCGACCCCGACCAAGGCCGGUAGUUCCACAGUUGGCGCCUCCAAAAAUCCCCGAGGGAGAGAGAGUGGAUUUUGAUGACAUCCACCGCAAGCGUAUGGAGAAAGAUCUGCUGGAAUUGCAGACCCUCAUUGAUGUACACUUUGAGCAAAGGAAAAAAGAAGAGGAAGAACUUGUUGGUCUCAUGCAACGAAUUGAAAGCCGGCGGGCAGAACGUGCCGAACAACAGCGGGUCCGCACUGAGAAGGAACGGGAGCGGCAGGCCAAACUUGCUGAAGAAAAAAUGAGGAAGGAAGAAGAAGAGGCUAAGAAAAGAGCUGAAGAUGAUGCCAAGAAGAAAAAAGUCCUUUCCAACAUGGGAGCUCAUUUUGGUGGAUAUUUGGUAAAGGUAAGCUACUUGGAAAAAAAUAAGAGGAACACUGGGAAGGAUGGGAGGGUUAAUCUUCUAGUGAGAGAAGAAUACCUUCAUCAGAGGAAACCUCAACACAGUUUUUCACUGUUCAGGGAAAAAGCCAAGGAAAUGCAUAACUGGAUUGAACACCUGGAAUCAGAGAAGUUUGACCUGAUGGAGAAAUUCAAACGUCAGAAGUAUGAGAUCAAUGUUCUUUACAACCGUAUCAGCCACGCCCAGAAAUUCAAAAAAGGAGCCGGAAAAGCCAGACUGGGUGGCCGCUGGAAAUAAGAAAAAAGAAAGGCAAAAGAAGAAUGUAUGCUCCCAAAUCUGGAGGCCUUAGUGGCAGCUGAAGUAACCACUGACUCCCUUCCCAUGCUUCCACCCUCUUCUUUUAUGUUCAAAGCCGAUUACCCUGCUCUGUGUUGUCUUCCCACUUCCUGUUAUGCGUGCCUGUAACAUAUUAUGUGACAUAAGCUGCACACAAUAAACCAACCUCUCCCUGCAUGGAAUCUCUUCA